AUGGAGAACGCUCAAGUCAGACUUAUAAUCUUGUCUGCUCGAUACAUUCCUCAACUGUACUUUUUAAUUUACUCAUGUUCGAUACUUCGUCUACGCGGAGAAGCGUACAAAGUUACAAGCAGCAACGCCUUUGGAUGGCAGCACUGGUGCGGGGCGUGGUACCGCCUGACAACCGUACCCAAAGACUGGCCCAAUGCGAAGAAAUCACGCCGUAGGGUUGGCGGCGUUUUGGCUGCACCUCGCUCUCACGAAGAGAAUGCAGUCAUGUUCGACCUGAUGCUCAGGGUGGGGAGAAAGAGUUUCUGUAUCAACUGCAAUAAUUUCGAGAACGUGGCGUCAUGGCGGUGCAACGACGAGUUGGUAUCGCCAAACUACACCAAUUGGGCCCCAGAUGAGCCCAGCAGUUUCAACCACCACACCGGCGACCGCAUCGAUGCGGAGAACUGUGCAGAGAUGCUGAACAAAUACGGCUUUACUGGUGAGUGGAACGACUUUCCUUGUCGAAUGACUCGAGUUGCAGUGUGCAAGAUGUCCAUCGAAGGAGUGUGCCAAGCGUAG